AUGACCGACUGGAACUCGCCCGCUGUAAUCGCGCAGGCUUUCUACGCCGCUACGGCGCUCAUGUGGCUCUUCGUGGGCAUCUUUGCCUAUGAUUCCGUGCAGUAUCUUUGGUUCGACCUCUCGAUUGUCUUUGGCAAAAGGCAGCGAAGAUGGCCACAGCUUCCCUACCUUCUCAGCAAGCUGCUCUUGUGGUCCUACCUCGUCUCUACCAUGGUGCUUAUCCUCGCCAACACCGAGAUCGACUGCAAGGCUACACUCUACGCCAUCGAGACGCAGAUGGGCCUGAUCACCGUGUGUUCGUCGGUGAUGCUGGCGUUCCGAGCAGUGUGCGUGUACAGUGGCAAGGCUCGUACCGCGGUCACGGCGGUGCUGGGUAUCAUGACGCUCGGUCUGCUCGUCGCGUGGAUGCAAGGUGUCAACGAUGUGCAGGCUGCAUGGAUCCCGAACGCCGGCAAUCAAUGGGCCGAGGGAACCUGCUUCUUCACUUCGAUCUCGAAGGAGUAUGCGAUCAAGUACAUCGUCACCAUCGUAUUCGACUUUGUCGUCAUGGUGCUCACCGUCGUCGGUGUGGUGCGUAUGAACAGCGGAUCGCGCAUCGGAACGGUGUUGGUCCAGCAAGGUCUGCAGUACUUCCUCGCUACGUUCCUCAUCAACGCGCUCGUAGCAGGUCUGACGCUCGCCAACCUCAACCCGGUCAUGUCGCUCAUCUGCGCCAUCCCGAGCUCUACCGUGUGCGUCAUGUGCUCAACCCGACUCUACGUCCAGCUCGCGUCGGAGGCCAAACCCCAACCCGGCGGUGUCGACUCUUCCCGUCUCAGCACGUCUUGGAGCGGUUCGGAAAAGUUCUCUCGCUUCUUCAAGCGCUCGAGUCGGCUUCACCCAUCGUUCGCCCUGCGCAGCACUGCAUCCUCGUCCAACAAUGGAACCGCCGUUAACUCGCACGGCGUCAGCGCGCUCAGCUACAACAUGCACAACGGCGCGCACUCAACGGCUGAUGUCAAGAGCGUCGGAACCACCACUUCGCAUGAAGACGUCGAGGCACAGAUUGGGGUCCGCGCUACCCCCACCGUCAACAUCAUCGAAGAGCGCACUGUCGUCGCGGAACCUAUGCCUGAGCAUUUGGCAGGUUUUCUGUCCAGUCAGGAUACCGCCAAUGCAGGCGUCAAGGGGCACUUUCCCCGUCUGAGCAAGUCGUAG